AUGGAGGACGGCGACUCCAGCAAGAACCUCAGUGCAAGUAAACCAGACAUCAAGCCCCCUACUAGGACUCUCAAUCGUGUUCCGCGUGCCUGCAAUGCUUGUAGAAAGCAGAAGAUGAGAUGUGAAGGCGCGGACAAUCCUCCAUGUAGGCGCUGCAGACAUGCUGGACUCGAGUGCUUGUUUGAGAAGCCGUCCAGGGAGGCGUCCUUAACUGGCGAAGCCGGCCUAGAACGUAUUCGCAGUCUCGAGGCCCAUGUCGCAGAAAUAAGGCGCUCCCAACUCAACAUACAACAUACGCUCACAGAAAUUGCGACCCAGCUCAGAGGUGCAUCGGUCCCGCGUUCACCCUCCGUCAUCAGUCAGCCGUACAUGCAUGCAUCCCCGAGCAUGCAAGCCGGAUCUCCUGCCUCCUCGAUUUCCACCGUUCGCGCUCCGCUCAUGGUUGAAACUAGCAAUCCGAUGCAUUCUACUCACUCUGGCGGCGUACGAUCCAUGAUGACCCCUGUAUCCAGUAGCCAACCCUACCAUCACAGCCCAACUCCGUCUCUCGAAAUGCAUCCCUCCCAGUUCACUCCAGGUCACAAUCAAUAUGCUCAAGGAAACAUUCCCCCGAAUUUCCAUCCUCCUAUGCUGCCUCCUGCAUACGGGGAACCCAUGGGGCCUCCCUCUGGCAUGAGGCACCCGUACGCUGAUCCUUCACAGCAACACCACCAUAGUUUGGGAAAUGAGUCUGCCAAUUCUGGUUCCAAGCGCACCCUAUCGACUUCCGUUGGGACUAGUGCCGAGUCAUCCGAAGUUGAGGAGGAUGAUGGUGAGCUACCGGCUUCCGGGCUGGUAGCGCCUUGGGAGGUUCUGCGCGGUCUGGCUGAUGUUGCUGCUCAGAGAGCCGCCAAGGAGAAUGACGGGAUCAGCGAGCCACCAAGUCGCGCGAGAACGCCCGACGGCGAUCCACAGCGCCGGCCCACAAAACGGAGAAAGGUUCAUCACAAGGUUGUGCGAGGACCAACAUUCCCCGAUGUGGUGACCAAGGGCGUCAUCAGUGAGGGCGACGCCCGCGAUCUCUUCAAGCUAUUCUACCACGGCUGUUCUACAUUCCUGCCCAUCUUCGAUCCCGCUGUGGAUACCUUCGAUGCAUUGCACCAGCGUUCACCAUUUGCGGUCUCCACAAUCUGUAUGGUAGCGGCGAGAGUACGAGAUGGAGGCGGCAAACCCGGUGACGUCUACAUGAAAUGCUUGCAAGAAGUACAGGCUAUGGCUUGUGCCACGCUCUUCGCCCCUGUUCUGCGAGUGGAGGCUAUUCAAGCCAUGAUCCUUGUAUCGGGGUGGUCAGACAGUCCAUGGUUGAGUGGAGGCCACGCUGUGAGGAUGGCUUUGGAACUGUCUUUGCAUCAAGCUUGGCCGAAGCUCCUCAGGAGAGUGGAAGCAAACAAAGCUACUGAUAGUCCCGAGGACAGGGAACUCGUUGUCUAUACCAGGACCUGGUUCUGCCUCUAUCUCUUCGAGCAUCAAAUGUCCUACGGUUCUGGACGGCCCGCCGUCUUGAAGGAUGACGAGAGUAUAUGGAAAUGUCGUCUCCUUCUUCGCCACCCCCUGUCCAUUGAGGACGACAUGCGUCUGGUCUCGACGGUCGAGCUCAUGGCCAUCCGGGAGCGUGUGAACAACUCGUUGUCCAACAAUACCACUGGGCCAGUCGACGACCGGACUUUCGAGGUCCUCCGUACUGCGGACGCCGAGUUCGUGAAUUGGUACCAGACCUGGGAUCAGGCUUUCUCUCAGAAAUACGAGGAUGCUGCCUUCUAUCGCCAGAGUCUACAGAUUCAGCACAUACACGCAGAACUGUACCAUAACGCCUCUGCUCUUAGAGGUAUUGAUGGUCCGGAAGACGUACAGAAUAUGCCUCCUGCGCAAAGAGAAUUGGCCAUACGCUCCAUACAUAUAGCUCGGCAAGGUUUAGAUAUCACGGUGAAUUCACCGUCUUACAGGGAAGGCAUGAAAUAUGCCGUGCACUAUACCCAUGUCACGGCGACAUUCACUGCUUCCUUCCUUUUACGACUUGCACGAUUGUUCCCUAACGACUGCGAUAUGCAACAAACGAGAUUACAGAUUGAACGACUCUCCGCUCUGAUGUCAGAAAUACCCGGGAGACGUUACGCUCUCACCCUCCAACUGAUGCUUAAGAGGCUGACGAGGCGCCAAACCUCGACUUCCCGAUCACCCAAAAUGGCCCGAGAUCAGUACUAUUCCCAAGCCGCCGCUGGACCGUCUAACCUGUCAACAAGUCAAGUCGUCAGCCAGGGCCACGUCCCGCCUUCGCCUUCUUAUGAUAGCCCGAUGUCGCAAGGCGGAGGACACCCUCAACAUCCUCUCCACACGCCACACCAACAACAUCCGCACCAACACCAGCAACUCCCACCACCACCACAACAACAACAACAGCAGCAGCAGCAGUAUGUUCCAGGUGUCCAGCAACAGCUGCAGUAUCCUCCGAACGCGGACUAUAUCUGGCAAGGCUUCGAAACCACCGCGAGCGAGCAGUUGCCGGUGUGGUUGUCUGAUCAGACUUUGGGCGGCAACUCGUUCACGCAGAACGGGAUGGAUGCGUUCCUGCUGCCUACGGAUUAUCUGCCGCCAGCGCCUCAAAUCUGGUAG